UUAACUUUAAAGUGCAAUACAGGCAGGAUAUAUAUUCCGGAAGCAAAAAAAAACAAACAAACAAUCAAACAAACAUUCCAGACGGGAGAACAGCGGGUAUUCAGGACAGGACUACCCAGGCUUUCAGUAAGAUGCUAAUCCCGUGACGGCGCAGGCGGUUCGCGCGCUCCAUCCGCUCCCAGUGCGCAGGGGAUUUCCUUCUACCUGCACAGGCAUUCCGGAUUAAGAAAGCAGCUCCGAUGGCUCUAUAGCCCACUUCAGCCGCGCGCGCGUGUGUGUGUGGGUCCAGUGAAGCGGCAUUUGGGAAAGAUGAAGAGAGAGAGUGUGUGGCAGCGUGUUGUGUCUUUGAGUCUCAGGCUGAUGCUUGUUGUUCCCGCAGGUCUGCCGGUACGGAGUCAGGGAGACGCACAAUCCGGUAACACCGUGAUGGACAACAUCACUGUCCGACAGGGAGAGACCGUCUUCCUCAGUUGUUCUCAAGGUGAUGUGGUGACGCACACAGCCUGGCUGAACAGGUCCAGUAUACUCUACACCGGUGAGGAUAAGUGGUCCGUGGAUCCCCGAGUCAGCCUGGUCACCCUGAACCGUGACGAGUUCACCAUUAAGAUUGAGAACAUAAACCUGAGUGACGAAGGACUCUAUGUGUGCGCUAUUCAGACCAAAAGCAAGCCCAGAACCACAUCUGUCCACAUCAUUGUGCAAGUUCCUCCAAAAAUUGUCAACUUCUCAAACAAUUUGGUGGUAAACGAAGGCUCCAACGUCACACUGAUGUGUUUGGCUAACGGCAAACCAGAGCCUGCGAUCAGCUGGAAAUUGUUGUCCCAAAAAGCAAACUAUGACAUCGAUUCAGAAGACGAGUAUUUUGAGAUCCCCUCCAUCAGCAGAACCAGGGCGGGAAUGUAUGAGUGCACAGCAACCAACGACAUUGCCAUAGACAGAAAGACUGUCCAGCUGGUGGUCAACUAUCCUCCCACUGUGUUUGAAGGCAGAGAUGUGGGCGUGACCCUGGGUCACCGUGGGGUCUUGUGGUGCGAGGCUGAUGCUGUCCCAGAGGCAAAUUUCGAGUGGUACAGAGAUGACAAACGGAUCCACAAUGGCUUUGAUGGCAUUGAGAUUGAGGACAUUGGCUCCACGUCAAAGCUGACUUUUCACAACGUGUCUGAGGCAGACUAUGGAAAUUACACGUGCGUCGCCAUCAACAAACUCGGGAGUGCGAACAUGAGCGUCGUUUUAUUUGAAAUAAUUGAACCCACUAGCUCGACGCUCUUGCAAGAAAUGACUUCAUCAGUUUUAGAGCAAACAGCCACUGAAUACAAUCAGUUGCGGGAAGGACCUGGUGCAGUUCAAGAUGGUAACAGCGGGACAGCAGGGACGUACACACCCGUCUGUCUCAUCCUCAUCGUCGCCCUGCAGCUGCUGCUCAAGUUUUGAUGGUGAAGAGAUUUUUGGCUAAAAUUGGUCCCAUCUCUCUCAUCACUCAUAUCAACCCCUGCAGCCACUGAUGAGAGCAGAGGGUGGGCAUGUGAUUCCCCACUAUUCCUUUUUAAUAAAGUAAUCAUUCCAUUUUACUUUAUAUUAGUGUUAAAAAUAUCUACUAUAUUUUUACUUAUGUUUUUUUUUUCUUUCGCCCCAGAUCAUUAUUUAUACAUGGGAAAUAGGCUUGUUCUGGUGAGGCUUGUCCAAUAUACAGUAUAUAUGCAUAUAAAGUUAUUUCAUUUAACCAAUUGUAACCUUUUCCAAAACCAUACUUAAUAGAAGAAGAAUAUUAUUCCAUGCAAAAUGCACAUAUGUCUGUCCCCCUUUUCAGUUUGCCAUCAAAGUCAAUGACCUCAAGAAGUAAAAAUUAAUACAAUUAUUUUUAACAUUUUUUUUGUACUAUAGUUUUUCAGAAAUUUGGGGGAGACUGGCUGCACCUCCCCAUUGUACUUUUUUUCAUGGUAAUAUUUAUAAGGUUUAUUUUACAAAUGAAUACAUAUAAUGAUUAAAAAACACACACACAAUGUGGUGUAACAUUUAUUUUAAAAUGAAAAGGCAAAGUGUGGAUUUUGCAGAACCAUUAAGAAACUCACUACUAACGCUUAAUUUAGUCUGCAGGAAAAGAAAUUAUUGCUUGGAAUAAUUUGAUGUAAUUAAAUGUAACAUGUACACCAAUUAAAUUUCUUUUUUUUUUUCACCUAAUUCAUAUUAUCAAAAGAAAAUAGAUUUAAACUCCAGUCCCUCAUUGCUUUUUAACUGAGUAGGGCUGCAUCCUGGGGUUUGGGGUUAAAUCUUUUCAAGCAGCAGACAUUUCCAUUACACUGACCGAGAGAGCCCAAAGAGCUAUCAGCUAACACGUCUACCUUUCAGUUCACAUCAUGUUUAAUUUCGUUCGGAGUCGUGGCAAUACAAAAGCAUCAGUAUUACUAUUGCAGUAUCUCAAACAAUGUUUUUUUGGUAAGUCAACACAUCCCUAUAUAUUUUGUGUUAAAAUGCACUUUUUUUUUUUCUAUAAAAGUUCCAAUUUCUAUCAUCUCAUGAUCACUAAGAUCCCUUCUCUAUAUGCAUAUUAUUUGUACAAAGGGAAAAUAUGCACCUGUUUUUACUAAAGUUGUGAACCAGUUUAAUAAAAUGCAACAGACUUUUCUAUUUUAUGUUGCUGCUCUGGUUGGUCAUGUAAUUUAUUUCAGAAAUUUUCAAUUAGUUUUUGCAUUAGAGUAACUUCUAAAAAAAAAAAAAAAACCCUGUUUAUUGUAAAAUCUGAUAUUAAGUAGUGUGCUUUCCACAUGUUGUACUAGGCAGGAUGAAGUAAACUUGUCUGUCAUUGUUUUACCUUCAAUAUCUGAGUUUUUAAAAUGGUCUCAUUAAAGAGCAGGUGUGUGGUCUACUUAAGCAUCUAUACAUUUUUAUUGUCAUGCCUCACUUUUAUUUUUUGUUGUUUUUCCUGAAUAUUUGCUAUAACCCCAGUCAAAAAAAUACUUUAAACACAAAAUGAAACUCAAAUAAAUACUUUCUGCCCUACAGUCAGUGUGCAUGUCCAGAUUGAAAUGACAGAAAGACUUCAGUAACUGUGCUUGGUGACUUAAAUGGAAAAAAAAUCUAAUGAAAAGAUAAUAAAUGAAUAAAUAAAUCACACAUGUUGAAAUAUUCCCAGCAAAUAAGACAGUCCUGAGCAAAUGGCUCGGAACAUAAGUGCAAGAAAAAUGUAUCUAUCAUUGCAGUGGUGGAUUUCAAGCACAAGGUAGAAUAAAAAUUUAAGACGUGUGGCAUUUCUCACAGUUUUAUGGUAGAAUUUUGUAUGUGAAUAAUUAUGAGGAUAUACUGUAAAACACUACGGUUUUGUCCCUUUCUUAUUUUUUUCUUUGUUUUUUUUUUCUUUUCUUUUUAUCAGAUUUUGGCCUCUAUUAAGAGUAGGUGCAAUACAGUUUUCUUUCUAUCUAAUAGCAUCAUGAAAGCACAGAAAUCACUUUUCACCUUUUUACAGCGCAUGAACUUUUAAACCUAAAUUGCACCCUCUCUUUAGGGCCAUUAGUGAUGCGUGUUUAGAAAGUGAACUUUGUAAUCUGGGUUGAAGAACUGAGCCAUUUGAAAGAAGUUGAACCUGUUACUGCACCGUGUUAUCUCCUAAAGGCGAGUUGUGCUCGUCUGUGCAUGGCCUGAGUCCACACCUUUACCAUGGAUGAGUGAUUUGGUGCAAGUUUGUUUCAAAAAUGGCACCCAACCGAGUUCUUAAAAAAGAAAAGAAUCUCUCCUACAGUACAUGAUUCCCUGGGGAGGACCAAAUCAAAUGAAACUCCCUGUAAUGUAAAGUAAUUGUUGCUUCAUGUUUUUUCUUUAUGGAUAUUGUGUGUUCAUAUUUAAGACUUACAACAAUAAAAUGUUGUA